GGGAAAGAGGAAGUUGUGUGCUUUUUCUUCCCUUAUCGAUAAACAUAUAAGUUCUAAGUAUUGAACGAGGGGGGCUCCUAACCUAAAUUGUAAUAGGAAAGCUAUCCCCAUGUAGCCUUCAUUGUCCUGUAGUACUACCACCCUAUGGAGGUGAUGGAAAGUCCUCUGAAUCUGGCUCAUCAACAAAGUCGUAAAGCAGAACGUUUAUUAGUUGCUGGGAAAUAUGAAGAAGCUAUCAAUUGCCACAAAAAGGCUGCAGAUUAUCUCAAUGAAGCAAUGAAGUUGACACAGUCUGAACAGGCCCAUUUGUCUUUGGAACUGCAAAGGGACAAUCAUAUUAAGCAGCAGCAGCUUAUCCAAGAGAGAUGGAAAAGAGCCAGAAGAGAGGAAAGACUGAAGACCCAGCAACGUACACUUUUAGCUGACCGGGAUUUAGGUGGUUCGCUUCAUGUUUCACCUCCCAUCAAUUUGGAUGAGUCUGAUGGAAAACAGACAGCUGUCUGUGACCUGGACAAAUAUAGCCCUGGGACGCAACAGUACUUAAGGCAGUACCACAAUGUUGGUGAACGAGAUCAAGACACACUACUGUUCUUAUUUUUUCAGAAGAGCAAGGUGCCAACCGAUAUUCAAAUGGGGAGUAAAGUCCCUAAGGAUGACAAGACAAGAUUAGAGGAGCAAGAAACAAAAAUAGCUGAGUUAUCCCGUCUAGUCAGUUUUCUCUUAGCUGAAAAUGAGAGCCUUACGAAGGAAAAUAAGAAGCUUAAAGCAGACAAUAUUAGACUGAGAAAAAGAACACAGGAUAAAGAAAUUGAUUUUGUGGAAAAAUCUGAGUUGUGGGGUCUGCCACCACCAUCAGAAAGUACAGUAACUGCAACACAGACAUGGCAGGGAUUUGCAAGGGAACCUGGGAAGUUCAAAGACAUUCCAGUGUCUAGUCUGUCUCCGUUAGACUUCACAGUGCCUGACCUGCCUCCUCUAGAACUUCCGGAGGACAUCCAUUCACAACUUAAGGGACUUAUAGAUGAAUAAUAGUGUCAUUGACAAGAAUGGCAAUAGUUAAUAAAAAAAAUAGGACUAGAAAAGUUACUAUUUCAGUAAUUGUGAUGAUGUCUCAAGGGCAGAGAUGAUCUUACUUUGGGAAGUAAAAGUCAGCAGCUAUGAUCACCUGAGCAACAUGGUCACUGUGAACUUAUUUCUUUUUUUUAACAAAAAAAAAAAAAGCCAGCAGGAUUUACAUUCUACCAGUUAAGUCUGCUCCAUGUUAAUGGAGAUGACCACAGAAGUAGCAAGACUAUACCUCCAGGGUUGCUAAAUCCUUUAAUGUUUAAGACUUUACUUCUGCCUGCCAUUAAAUGUCUCAUAAAUGUUUUUCAUGAUUGUACAAAUCCAGUUCCCUUCUCCAAAGUUAUCCAGGGUAUAAGAAUGCACUUUUUGCCAGCUGAGGCUUUUGUCACUGUAGAUUACCGUUGCACUCCUGGGGCAUAAGAGAUGGAGGCCAGAACAUUGAUACACACUGACUGUAGAAAAGUUUGCCAAUGUACAAAGCAGUGACUGGAGUAAAGCAGCACUGACUUACCCAGGAGUUUGCCAUGGUAUGAUCUGGUGUAGAGCUGAUGCUGCUUUCUGGUAAAUGACUAUUUAAUAGAGACCUUAUCUGACUGUUACUGCAGACAAAAACUGCUUUGUAGCAUAUUGGGUCAGUGAACAACUCUAGUUUCGGCACACAUCAAGGUUGUCAGGUUUAUGUAUUUAAAUGUGCUCAAUCAACUAAUACAAGUAGAGAACAGCAUCAAGGCAUCUAACUGGAGCAAGGCUUUUCUGCCACAUUUAUUUGCACUCCUAAAGUGAUCUAAACCUCAUAUCUAAUCAGGAGAUGGACAGCCAUUUCUAUUUAAUGAAGAUGGAACCAAAUCUUUUAUUUUGCUUUUUUCUUGAAUGAUCAGUUUACAUAACAAUGUAAUCAGGGUGCAUCAGUAUACAUUUAACUUGGUCGAUGUAUCACACAGAAAGCUGUAUGCUGCAUAAUCUUAAUGAAUGCCCAGUGAAUGACUAUCUUUUAUUAUAAAUAAUGCAUGAAUGGAAACAGUACUAAACUGCAGUAUUUGAUAUGUGAGUAUAAUAAAACAUUUCUAUUUAUAACAUUGUCUUCAAAAAACUGUGUAUAAAAUAAAAGAAAACUGUAUUUUG